AUGCUGCUCACGACAAUGGCAAUGCUUGACAACAUCCGGAGCUUCCUGCAAGCGGCAAAUGUUUCUCCUGGUGAAUUCAGUGCGUUGCCGGGUGAAUUCCUUUUGGAAGGACGUCGAACUCUCUCUGCAGAACACAUGCCAGUGUCGAAGGAUGGGGAGGCUGACUUACAUUUUGGUAUCCUCAUGGACAGAAACCGAACAGAGUAUCAAGAUGCGUUUGUCAUAAUUGAACAUCAAUCUGGUCACGGCGAAGAAGUGACGAACAAUGCUGAUAGCAGGAGGCAGAUUAUGACCUCAGAGAAAACUGAAGUGCCCGUGGUAACGAACCUUGAAGCUAAGGAAGCUUUGAAGGUUCAAUCGCGAGUGACCAAUGCAACGCAGACAUUCGGUGAUGCCAACAAUAACGAUGAUCACAACGAUAUUGAGAAAGCCUACCGGUAUCCUAAUUCGCCUACAAGUGAAGCUAGGAGAAAACUUGAGACAAAGAGCGAAGAGCCCAGCGUAUUCGAGCAGGAGACAAACAAGAUAGCGGGUGGCAACUCAACAGAUACAUCUGAUGUGGAUCGUGGCGCUAAGGAAGAUACUUUUCCAACGUCACGGAAAGGCGUUCAGCUAAAGCUCCGGAGCCACCACAAAGCGGAAGCAACCGAACAAUCAUUUUAG